ACCCAUCCAAAACCCUUUCUCCCCUGCCUCCCCGAAUCUUCAUCAGCCACCGUCCAGCCCCCAUUCCCCCUACUCCGCUAGGGUUUUUCUCCGCAGCCGCAGCACGCCGCCGGAGCAGCGCGAGAUCACCUACGCCGUCGGCAGAGGAGAAGCAGCAGCUCGGAUCCCAUCCAAUCGAGAGAUGAGGCUCCUGACGCACAACAUGCUGGCGUCGAACGUCCGGGGUGCGACGACCGGCUACCCGCUGAAGCUGGAGGCGGCUAAGUGGGUGACUAAGGAGGUGGACCUCAACGCCGACUUCAUCCGCGGCCUCCUCCCGAAGAUCGACUGGCGCGCCCUCGUCGCCGCCACCCGCGCUCUCGGCCUCCCCGAGCUGCUCCCUGAGGAGCAGCCCCCCGAGGAGGAGAUCUUCGCCGAGGGCGCCGCCGACGUCGAAGGCAGCGCCAUCCGCCGCAUCCACCACGCGCUCCUCGAGAUCCACGUCCAGGAGGGCUCCCUCGUCUGCCCCGAUACCAGCCGCUGCUUCCCCAUCGACAAGGGCAUCCCCAACAUGAUGCUGCACGAGGACGAGGUCUGAUGCGUGAGUCUCGCCACGGUCGCCUUUGCUUACCUGCUCGUUGUCGGCUGUCAUAAAAGGGUUCAAGGGCUUGUGGCUGUGAAAUAUAAAUGUGGAUGAUGACGUUAUAAUUUGAAUGGAUGACCGUGUUCUGUUUGGAAUUUCGUUUUUGUGCCAGUAAUUUGAUACGGCUGAAAUUGGAUACUGCAACUUUAUGUGUGCCUUUUAGUGUGGAAUUGGGGGUGAUUUGGUGGAACCAAUAAUUUCUCAUUGAGUUUUGUGUUUGCAGUUGUUCCCAGUGGAUCAAUUGUUCCACAGAAAACUUUAUGUUAAUCAGGUUCGGUUAUAGCAGUUCCAGUGAGGAAAUUGCUUUUUGGUUGA